AUGGUCCUCAGGCAUUUUCCAAUCGUCCUCGUGCAAUUCGUCGCGCUGACGACCGUCGUGUUCUCGACGGAAGUGCGGUGGAGUGUUUUAUCGCGGAUGUCGAGCAGUGUUUGCGCUCUGCUCGCCUUCCCGUUGAACACGCAUCAGUGGUCGUUGUUGGGAUUCAAUCUGUGGCCGAGUUCUAACACGAGUCCUCAUCUUACCCAAACCGUCGAAAGACCGUACGAUGGAAACGUUUUCGACAGAUAUUCCAUCUCGAGGGUUCUAAACUUCUUUCCCAUCCCCGUGCAAGAGGAGUGUCUGUCCCAGGACAAACGACGACGAGGCAUAUGCAUGAACACGUAUGAGUGCCGCAUUCAGCAAGGAAAGUCCCAUGGACCGUGUGCACUCGGUUUCGGCGUGUGCUGCAUAUUCACGGCGAGCUGCGCGGACGUGGUGCAAAAUAAUCUGACCUACGUAAUCAGCCCUGGUUUCCCCAACCUCAUCGACUGGCCCAUGAACUGUUCGGUGGUCGUACGGAAGAUCGAUAGGCAGGUCAGCCAGCUCAGGAUCGAUUUCGUCCACUUCAACAUAGGUCAACCCAACGCUAGGACGGGCGUAUGUGACGAAGAUAUCAUGGAAAUCAGAAAUGGAAGGAGCGUGUUUCAAAUAUGCGGCUGGAACAGUGGCCAGCAUUUGUACAUAGACCUGGACGAGGACGAUCAGCCCCUAACGUUGGACUUCCGGUUGCCCGGCGGUCUGCAGUCCCGCAUGUGGGAGAUGCGGAUCGUCCAAUUGGAUUUCGAGCAGCGUGCGCCGAUCGGAUGUCUCCAGCACUUCCAAGGCUCGAACGGUACCCUGAAGACGCUGAAUUAUUUGUCCAACGGUAGAUUCCUCGCCGACCAGGAUUACCUGAUUUGCGUGCGCCAAGAAAGGGGGAUGUGCGGGAUUUCCUACGUACCUUGCACAGCUGACUCGUUCCGAAUAGGUCCGCGAAGGAUGCAGGUCGCGAACCUGAACAACACCAGCUCCAACGAGUCCUUAGUUGUCGAGAAUUCGGCUGGAAACUCGACGCAGAAUAUGACCAACGAUGGCAAUUCCGCGAACAACACGGACGUGGAUAUCGAGGGAUCAGGAACGAGCCCCAUGGAGCAGGAAAUGGCUUCUUCGAUUAACGCGUCGAAUCCCAUGGAGCAGGAUGUCGCCUCGAAUGGUCAGUCCAAUGGCCAGGAACGAUGCAGGGACAGGGUGCUCAUCCCUUGUGACUUCGAGGAAUUUAUCACGCCUGGGAACAACGAGGCUGGAAUUUGCAACCUCGAACACUGUGGUAAUUCUCUGUGCGACGAGAACGAGGUGGACGAAGAAGGGAACUGUCGCGUGGAGACUUGGGCAACGCCCUUCCGUAUAAGGGUGGCUUUUGGUCCUGGACAGGACACAGGGACCACGCUGGAGGACAAUAUUGGCAUGUGUCUUGUGUACGAACAAUUACCUUGCGUGUCUUGAACAGCUAGUGAUAAACGAGUUCAGGAGUGGAAAGGUAGGAGUCUGAAAUUCAUACGGGUCGACCGUACAUUAAUACCCUUCAGUCAAUCGA